GUUAUGGCGUUUGCCUCAACGAGUAGCUGUACCAGAAUGUUUCUGCAUGGUGCAAAGUUAAAGGUUAUGAUAUGUAAUAUCAAACAGUCAGACUGCUGGAGGUGCAGGUUAGGAGCCAAGAGAUCUCUUCUUUCAGAAGAUGUCAUUAAGCUGCAAGAUUUCCAAAAAAGAAAAAAUGAAAUGACUUUAAAACAUGGAGAUAAAGGAGAAUAUAUACAAAUGUUUCAACAAAAGCUACAAAGAAAUGACCUUAUCCUAAGAGAUGAAUUAAAAGUGCUGCUUCACUUAUGCCAGACACCCGAGGACAUGAUCAUCGCUAAAGCUGCCAUCUGUCGGUAUCAUCAAGACAACAGAAAUGCGACUUAUACAGAGUUCAAGUUUGGCCCCCUGUUUAUGAGGCUUUGCUAUGAACUGAACAUGGAGGAGAUGGCAGAAUGCACAAUAAAGGACAAGAGUCUGAAAGGAUUCUUCCCAGACUCAACAUCCUUCAACAUCAUGAUGGACAUGCUGUUUAUGAAAGGACACUAUGAGAGUGCAUUGGAAGUCCUAGCAGACAUGAGGAAUCAGGGAGUGCCUUUCAACAAGGACACCUUCAUUUUGGCCUUUGCUAUCUGCUACAAGCUGAAUACUGCCAAGUCCUACAGAAUUUGCAUCAUGAUGCUUGAAGAGGCACAGAUGAAAGGUUUCCUUAUUCCUAGACAUGCCUACUACUUUGCAGUGGCUCUGGCACUCAAACAGGAGGACGUAGAAAAGGCGAAAUCUCUGUUUUCACAGAUCAUGACCACCAGCAACAGAAUAAGCCAGAAUCUCCAAGUGUAUAUAUUAGCCAUGGAUGGUGCUCUGAAGGACAUUCUCUCUGUUCUGACAUCAGCACUGGACUGCAGAAGUCCAACGUUCGUGAAGAAGCCCGAAUUUUCCGAGGAGUUGGUAGGCAUGGUGCAGCGGCGCAGUAAGGACAGCCCGGCACUGCAGGGCCACCUGGAGCGUGUCCUGGCACGGCUGCGGGAGUCUGGCCAGGUGACGGCGCUGAGCAUCGACGAGCUGCUCUGCCUGACGCACGGCGGGAAGCACAGGCCCUUCAGCGAGCUGCUGAUGCCAAGGAAGGCCGGCCGCCGCGAAGGCAGGCCGCUGCGCUCAGCCCUGCUGUCUGAGUGACGGUCCCCGUGGCUCCUCACCCCCCCAGGUCUCUGUCUACCCCCCCAGCCGCUCGGUCUCCCUUCCUGCUGUCAGAGUGCAGACCUCUGACAGCCUCACUGAGGCGAACCCCAUCAGCACCAAAAAUAAACUGCGAAAGAUAAAAUCCAUUUGCUUUUAGAGAUGAUUUUUGAACUCAUAAUUUUUGGAGUCCCUGUUAUGUGUGGAAAGUCAGACUUUAAUCUGCGAUUAAUGGUAAAACGCUCAGUUUUAUGGUACAGUUCAACUGAUUGCAUUUCAUGACAUAGGCUAAAGACGACAUCCACGGAAUUGGCUUCUGAAUAGUGAGGGACGAGACGAGGCAUCGCCGAUGGCAGCAGGCGUAUCUGUCCUCCCUUUGCUUGUAGACUCGUUGCAGUUCCAGCUGUUGGCCUGGAUUGAAUAAAACUGGAACUACAACACAUACAAACUGGUUAUUGUCAGUAUGCAGACGGUACACACCGCUGUUUUUGUGGAUCCGCCCUUUUUGCCAUGUUCAUUUGUGGUCUGAUUUGCAGUGAAGGGUUCUGUUGAGCACAUCAGUGUUUUCUUUGGGAAACUCCUUGUCAUUAUUUCUGGUCUGGGAGACCCCUGUAGUUUUAUUUGUAUGUAACCUAAGGUAAAAUCCCAUUCAAAUGUUGCUGCAUUUAAAAAAUGUACAUAAAGAUUAACUGAAUGCCUUGAGUCUUUGUACUGGAUGUAUGGUUAGAAAAAAAAUGGAUGGAUGGGUGGAUGAAAUGCAUUUGUGAUUGUGAGCUUUCCUGAAAAAUGCAUUUAUAAAAUGUAUUUUAGACGUCUUCCAGAACUAAAUUUACAAAUAUACGUUUGUUCUGUAA